AUGACCCCGCCAACUCAUUUGAUAGAACUCAUUGAUAAGUGUGUCGGCUCCCGGAUUUGGGUUGUCAUGAAGGGUGAUAAAGAAUUCUCCGGAACCUUGCUCGGUUUCGAUGACUACGUCAACAUGGUCAUGGAAGAUGUGACAGAAUUCGACUACACUGGUGCCCAGAUCAAGCUCCCCAAGCUCCUUCUGAACGGAAACAACAUUUGCAUGUUGAUCCCUGGUGGCGAAGGUCCCGUGGCAAGCUCAUGA